CUAAACGUCAGAAAGAAGAAGACAGCGCGGCGGUUCCGUGUUUGAAACCCCGAAGACAAGAUAGUCGGCGACAGUUCUGUUGGUGCUGUUCUGUUUUAACUAACAAGGAGAAAAUACAUUUCUCCAUAUUAAGCAUAGGAUGACAGAUGGGAAACCGUGUAAGGUGUGCAACUACACUCGACAGAAGUCAUAUGGGUUGGCAGUUCCCUCCCUGGAUGAACUGAAGGUAAAAGGAAGUCAGUUUCUUGGCUUCAGCCCCAGUGAAGAGGUCAGAGUGGUCCUUGAAGAUGAUGGCACGAUAGUAGAGGAUCAGGGAUAUUUUUUGUGUUUACCCUUAAACACAAAGUUCAUGCUUCUGCAUGAGAAAGAGACAUGGUAUCCUGUCCGAAGAAUGGACGGCGGCACAGCCUGGAUGGCCAGAGACUCAGUGGUUCUGGAGACUGAUACUGUUGACACUGCAGCACCUUGGUGGGACCUGGCUCAGCAGCUGAGGCAGGACCUCACAAGCAUCAUCCUCAUGUCUGACGCAGACUUACAGACCUUAGUGGAUUCUCCAUGCCCUGAGCUAGCCUCUGCUCUGAGCUUCCCAGAGAAGAGGACUGCUGACCUCCAGCAGACGCUGCAGACGGUUUUGGACCGACGAGAGGAGGAGAGGCAGUCCAAGGAGUUGCUACAGCUCUACCUCCAAACAGUGGAGAAAGAGGAUGGACAGCAGGGAGAGCCUAGCCAGAAAGGGGCUGGAGAUGUGGACAUGACGGAUGUAAUGGAGUUGGACUCAGGUUCAGGAUUCAUGUACAGGACACUGAUGGUGCUAAAAGGCAAAACAAGCCCAGAAACCAGACUCUCCACUGAAGACCUGCAGAUGGUAGUGAACAGAGGGGUGGACUCUAUGGUUCCAGUACUGGGCUGGGACAGAACGAGGACAUCUGCCCUGCUGCAAGCCUGUGAAGCUGAGCUGACCAAGCGUCUCCAGCAGGUUCAGGCCGUGCAGUCGAUCAGGAGCAACACCCAGCCAGACAGCAGCCAGCAGGUGGACGAGAAGAGCUCGAAGGAGAGUGUUGAAACUCCAGCCGGAGGCGACUAGGCACCUGAGCAGAGACAGAUAAAGGACACUACCUGCCUCAGGGUCAGUAGAAUGGGAUUGUCCCUGUGUUACUGAUCAUAUACAUAAUGCUGGGAUUUAUGAAUGUCAAUGAUGUUGACAUUUCAAACACUUUGUUCAACUUGCAAACCACUUGAACGCCUCAACAGGGAGCAGGGUGAUUUGCAUACGUUAUGUUUUUCAAAGACAUGUUUGUGUUACCCACUGGCACCAACUUUCUAAUGGAUUCUACUCUGAUCAAGUCAACAAACUGAAAAAUAAUUUAUGACAAUAAUAUACAUUUAAACUUGAAGCAAUAAUUCAAAACUUUAGGAAAUAUGCCUACUUUUUUUUUUGCUGUAAUUUAGUCGAGACAAUUGAUGACAAUCUCAGAACUCUCUCUUCAAUAUGAAGCAGGAGUAGCAGCCUGCAAUAUUAGCUUAGCACGCUUGAAAUCUGCCUAUCAGCGACCGCAUUUCUUAUUGUAGUCUCUGCUUCAACCUCAACAGUGUGACUAGACUCCAGGAUUUCUGGAUAACAAAUAGUCCUGUACAAAACCUUCAGUUUAAAAACAAAAGACAAGACACAACAUAUUCAAUUAUGAACGUUAAGUGUUCUAACUGGCAGAUAUUAAUGUCUUGUAGAUAAUUAAAUCUUGUGCUGCUAUCUUGAACUCCAUAUUUAGUAGACUGCUACAGAGGUGGUAUCAAUCAGCAAAAUGUGAAAUGAUUGCUUUAAAAUGGUACAGUUGAAGCAGUAUUAUUGUUUACAUCAUGCAAGCCCUUAAACACUACCAAUUUAGACAGAAGAUUAGCACUGUUUUUGUUAACAUGAAGCUGAAAACAAGACAGCUUUAGACCUGCUCUUUUUGUAAAGUUUCUGGAGAACUUUUGUUGUGAAUUGGCGUUGUACGAAUAAAGAUUGACUGUCUGAAGUAGGAAGAUUACUCUAAACAAAACAUACUUUAUAUCUUUUGGAAAUCACAUUCAAUACUUUUUUUUACUAAGGGAUGAUUUGGGAUUUUAAGCAGUGUGUUUUUAUUUUUAAUCAGCUGACAACCAAACUGAUCCACAUACAGUAACAUGCAUGCUGUAUGUAAUCCUCCAAAGUGAGUCAUGCAAAAAGAGAAAACUCUUAUGCUACCAUGCCAUAGCAUUUCACUUAUUGAGUCUUUUUACACUUACCUCAAUGUGACAUUUGUCAUUCUCAUUUUAUACCACACUUCAUGUGCAUCGUACAGCAAUAAGCUAGGGUGAGUGUUUAAAGAAACUGCGGGCCAAAGUAAAUGAACAGAUAAAAUAUAAAUGUAUCAGUAUGAUCAAUAUAAGAUCAUGCAUGGUUGUGUUUUUAUUCAGUGUGAGACAGCCGACAGCAGCAAUCACAAACAUACAGAUAACAUCAUCUCAAUAUUUCUUUGCAUGGUAUAUAUGCAAGUUCUGACGAGGACCAAAGAGAUUACAGUAAAAAAUAAAAAUAAAAAUAAAAGUUUUCAUGAGUUAAUGUGAAUUCCAUAAUCAUUCCAACAAUAAAGAGGCUGGAUAA